AGAUGUCUAGGUGAUCUAAAUCAAUUUGUGAAACCAUUACCUGAGAGUUGGUGAUCGCGUUACCUGUGUCAAACAAAAAAACAAAAUGGAGGAACUGGACAAAGCCCAAUUGCAGCUUCUGAAGAACGCAUUCGAUGCCUUCGACCACGAGAAGGCGGGAGUCAUCAGCAUAGACUUCAUUGGCACGAUCCUGGAGAUGUUGGGGCACGAAGUGGAUGAGGACACGUUAAAAGAAAUUAUCGCCGAAGUUGAUGUUAACGGAACCGGACAACUGGAGUUCUCAGAUUUCUGCUCACUGGCUGCUAAAUUCUUGACAGAAGAGGAGGAUGACGAGGCGAUGCAGAAGGAACUUAGGGAAGCGUUUAGGUUAUACGACAGAGAAGGAAACGGCUACAUAACGACAGAUGUGUUGAAAGAAAUCUUCAGGGAGUUGGACAACACGAUCAGCGCCGAGGACUUGGACACCAUGAUUGAGGAAAUUGACUCUGACGGCUCAGGAACAGUGGACUUUGAGGAGUUCCUUGAAGUAAUGACCGGAGAAUAAGUGGAUCCAAGAUUAAAUUAUACCAUUAAGCAAAUUGUAUAUACUAGACAAAUUAUAAUAUAAGAAUUAAAAAUAAGAAACCGUCAGAACACAAUUUCGGGAGCUUUUGCUUAGAAUGGAGAACACCUUUUAAAACAAAAGUUCUUAGAGAUAAAAAAGUGUUAAAGCUAAAGAGAAUUUAUAAGACUAGUCAAUAAUAAUAAGCAAAUGUGAAAAAAACUGCGCGCAGUGUUUUUAAUAAAAGCAAAAACCAUA